AUGGAUUACAACAGCUCUAAAAAGCCAGCAGAUGAGGAUGGAGAGGUGUACGAACAGUUUGCGCUCAUCAGAGCUGGGAUUUUGGGUUUGGUUUUUGCGCUCGCAACAUGUGGUAAUCUUUUCUUCCUAGGCACACUUUGGAAGAAGAGAAAAAGAAACACGAGGACCCAGCUGUUCCUCUCGCACUUGUGUUUGGCAGAUCUGGUGGUCGCCUUUUUCCAAGUCCUACCGCAGUUUCUCAUUGAAAUUACGCACAGGUUCCGAGGCACAGACUUCCUGUGCCGGUGCGUAAAGUACUUGCAGGUGGUUGGGAUGUUCGCCUCCACGUAUAUGAUAGUGGCUAUGACCAUAGAUCGGUACCAUGCGGUUUGUAAGCCGAUGGUUUCCUUCUUAAAGGGUUCAUUUAGGAGAUAUCUCUCCAUAGGCGCAGUGUGGCUGAUCUCUCUCGCCUUCAGCUCUCCCCAGCUAUUCAUCUUCUCUCUCCGGGAGGUGGAAGAGAACCAGUACGACUGCUGGGCGACAUUUAUUGAACCGUGGGGGAGCCGGAUGUACAUCAGCUGGAUCACUCUGUCUGUGUAUGCCCUUCCCGCCGUCAUUUUGCUCUAUUGCCAAAUAAGAAUAUGCACAACAAUCUACUUCAACAUGAAGAGAAAGGCGCUGCAGGCAGGGCGCGCAAGCAGGAAGGGGGUGUCCAACGCGAUGCUGAAGACUGUGGAAAUGACAUUUGUUAUUAUAAUGACAUACACAGUGUGUUGGAGCCCAUUCUUUGUUGUCCAGUUAUGGUCUGCAUGGAGUCCAAGCACUGCGCCUACUCAAGGUCCAGUGUUUGCCAUCAUCAUGUUGCUGGCCAGCCUAAACAGCUGCACCAACCCUUGGAUAUAUUUUUACUAUAGCUAA